CUCUGUGUUUUUUGCCUGCUUUCUUCUUCUGUUUUUCUUUCUUCUUUCUCUUCUUUGGCGUCUCAUACGCUUAGAAACUGUAAUAUUUCUCUGUGUUUCGUGUUCGUUCUGUUUAAGAGUCGAGGAGUAGAGAACAACAGAGGAUUGUUUUGGUGAGUGUUUGGGAAGGAGGAAAAUCUUUUUGGCGGAGUUUUCUGAGAAAGUUUUCUUUUUCUCGGACUUUCUGGUUGAGUCAGGUGAAUUUUGUUUUUGGGAUAUUUAGAUUGAAGUGGUAGUGAUUCGGAAUGUUCUGGUUUUGGUAAAACAAAAAAAAAAACAAAAAAAAAGGAAAAGGAAAAUAUAUGUUUUAUGGGAAGCUUCGAUUUGGAGCCAAGUUUUGGCAUGAAAUUGAUGGGCGUGACAUACAAGGAAAUUUUUCCGUUUGGAUUCUCGGAAAAUUCUGCGAUGAUGAAUGAGAAUAUUAAUAUCAAUAAUCAACCGGAAAUGCACGAGCCGAGCAUCGAUACUGAUAAGCUCAGCUACGAGAUAUUCUCGAUUUUAGAGAGCAAGUUCCUGUUCGGCUACGACGAUCAGAAACUUUGGGUUCCCAAGCAGAUCGCUCCUGCUCCGACGGCCGGCGAAGCUCCGCCGCAGAGCCUCGUCAGCGGUGAAACCAAUGGCGUCUCGGCGAUCAAGAACCAGAGAGGCAAAAUCUGCAUACUCAGCAUCGACGGCGGAGGCAUGCGGGGGAUCCUUUCCGGCAAGGCCUUGGCUUAUCUCGAGCAGUCACUGAAGGCGAAAUCGGGGAAUCCGGACGCCAGAAUAGCCGACUACUUCGACGUCGCUGCCGGCGCCGGCGUCGGAGGAAUCUUCACGGCGAUGCUCUUCGCCACCAGAGACCAGAGCCGUCCGAUUUCGAAGGCGGACGAUACGUGGAGGUUCCUCACUGACAACGGACGGCGAUUCUACCGCAGCACACCAAACUCCGGCGGAUUUCUCCGGCGAAUUUUCCGAGCCAGCGGCGGAAGCUCCGGUUCGGCGACGGCCGGUCUGGAGAAGUCGAUGAAAGAGGUUUUCGUCGAGAAAGGGCGGAGCCUAACCCUGAAGGACACUCUUAAGCCGGUCCUAAUCCCUUGCUACGAUCUCUCCAGUACGGCGCCGUUUUUGUUUUCGCGAGCCGACGCGCUGGAGACGGACAGCUUCGACUUCGAGCUUUGGGAGGUGUGCCGGGCGACGUCGGCCGAACCGGGUUCGUUCGAGCCGGUUCAGAUGAGGUCGGUGGACGGGCAGACGCGGUGCCUGGCGGUGGACGGGGGGCUUGCGAUGAGCAAUCCGACGGCGGCGGCGAUCACGCACGUGCUGCACAACAAGCAGGAGUUCCCGUUCGUGCGAGGGGUGGAGGACCUCUUGGUACUUUCCAUAGGGACGGGGCAGCUGCUGGAAGUCAGCUACGAGGGGGAGCAGGUCAGAAAAUGGAAGGCCAAGGAGUGGGCCCGCCCCACUGCUCGCAUCACCACCGACGCCUCCGCGGAUUUCGUGGACCAGGCCGUGUCCAUGGCCUUUGGCCACUCCCGGAGCACUAAUUACGUCCGGGUUCAGGCUAACGGAUCUAGCUUGGGACGGUGUGGACCAAAUGUAGAUACAGACUCAAGUCCCGGCAAUGUAAAUAUGCUGCUUGGACUAGCAGAGGAGAUGCUCAAACAGAAGAAUGUUGAAUCGGUUCUUUUUGGUGGUAAGAAGAUUGGCGAACAGAGCAAUUUCGAGAAGCUCGACUGGUUUGCUGGGGAACUGGUGCUGGAGCAUCAGAGGCGGAGUUGCAGAAUAGCUCCCACUGUUGCUUUCAAGCAAGCUACUUCAAAAACAAUCUAGAUAACAGACCAAGUCCAAAACAACAAGGUAAAGGGAAAACUUAUUCAAGAAGAAAAAUGAAGGGAAAAAA